AUGGUUGACAAAGCGAAAGUCUUGAUUAUUGGAGGUGGUAGUGUUGGCACCAUCGCUGCUUUGAAUCUACAAUCUGGAGAUCUAGCAGAAGUGACUUUAGUCUUGAGAUCAAACUAUCAGGUCGUCGAAGACAACGGUUUCUCGAUAGAGUCAUGCGACCAUGGGAAAGUCGUGAGUUGGCGACCUUCAUAUAUUGUCAAUGCCAUUCCAGCUAUCCAGCCUGGCGAUGAAGGUUAUGACUAUGUUGUGGUCACAACCAAACAUAUCCCAAACAAGAAGGGUCAUCAAGUCUCCCAGAUUGCGCCCUCGAUUACUCCAAGACGCACAGUCAUUGUCUUGAUACAAAAUGGUCUCAACAUCGAGCGGCCGUAUCUUGAAGAGUUUCCUGAGAAUAUUGUUCUUUCUGGAAUCUCUAUGAUUGGAUCGGAGGAAAUCGAACCUGGCGUCAUCAAACACUCAUUCCAUGAUCAACUCACAGUCGGCCCUUUCCACAACCCAAAUCUCAAUCACGCUGGGGAAAUCGCAGCUGCAAAAAAAUUUGUUGAGAGGUACUCCACAGCUGGAAAGGCAUCUUGUCUGUAUGAUGAGGCUGUUGGGUGGAAUCGCUGGAAGAAACUCGUCUACAACUCCUCCAUGAACCCGAUUUGCGCUUUGACCGGGCUAGAUGCAGGGCAAAUCAGGUCUGCUGGUGAUGCAAUUUCGAAGUUAGCCCGAGAGGCAAUGACGGGGAUUUAUACAGCUGCAAAGGUAUCUGGAUAUGAGUUACCUGCUGAUAUUGUUGAGUUUAUGGCAACUGUGGAUCGAGUUGAAGAUCACUUUGUACCAAGCAUGCUUCAAGAUAUUCGAAAGGGGAAUAAAACUGAGUUUGAGUAUCUAUUAGGGGAACCAUUGCGAGAAGGACAAAGACUGGGUGUGUCGAUGCCUAUAUUAUCUACCUUGUAUGCUCUAUGUGAAGCCGUUCAGUGGCGUGUCGGAAGAGAACGAACAAAUUGA